UUGAUGCCGAUGUUUAAAUCUCCAGAAUGGCUAAGAUAGAAGAAGUGUCUCUCAGCAGUAUUGUGGAUCAUAUUCCUCCUAAAGAUGUGUACACAGCGGAGUCGCCGCUUGUUUUUAAAGAGGAGGAAAGCGGCGAUCUUCUGUUCGAGGGGAAGAGUUCACCUGAGCUGUCUCUGCACGGAGACUUGGCGCACUACGUGGCAACUUUACGCACGCACCCUGUGGCGUUUACCGGCAAGUUCUCGGUGGACUCCAGAGGGGCGGGAGGACCGUGGACACCGGGGAGCGCCAUCAACGUGAUCAGCGCUGACAUCGCCGCCCCUGGGCCGGUCACGUGUUCAGCAUCGCCAGAUAUUUACGCAGGAGGAGGAGGAGACGCGGGGGACGCUACCAUGGCGCACGGCCAGCCGGACAUCAGCCACAUGUACGCACCCCCUCACCCCCACCCACACCCGGCCCCUUCCUACUCCUGCAGCGGGGACAUGUACCAGGAGCAGGCAGGAGGAUACCUGGCGACGUCCACCUGCGCCGUGUCCUAUCACCCGCCUCCGAACUACAACUCUGUGCCCAAACCGACUGUCGACGGCGCGCUGCUCUCCAUCAUGCCGGACUACGGAGGCUUCUACCAGCAGAGCUGCCAGAGAGACAUCCAGGCGGCUUUCACAGAGAGGAAAUCCCUCCCGUACCCGCUGGACUCCCUCAGGGUGCCUCCGCCUCUCACUCCCCUCAACACCAUCAGGAACUUUACGCUCGGUGCGCCCUCUGUAGCCGUGGAUGGCCCCAUGGCUGCUGCGUUCCCCAGCCACCAGAGCCUCCCUCUUAGACCCAUCUUGAGACCUAGGAAGUACCCGAACCGGCCGAGCAAGACCCCCGUCCACCAGAGGCCGUACCCGUGCCCGGCCGAGAGCUGCGACCGCAGGUUCUCCCGUUCGGACGAGCUGAGCCGGCACCUGCGCAUCCACACCGGCCACAAACCCUUCCAGUGCCGCAUCUGCAUGAGGAACUUCAGCCGCAGCGACCACCUCACCACACACAUCCGCACGCACACCGGGGAGAAACCUUUCUCCUGCGACCAGUGCGGGAGGAAGUUCGCCCGCAGUGACGAGAGGAGGAGACACAUGAAGAUCCACCUCCGGCAGAGGGAGAAGAAGUCCUCUGCGUCCUAAUCCUCAGCGCGCGGCCAGUGGCUGCUGAAUGUGAACUUUGUGAACCUGGAUCCUGCUGACAGAGAGAGCGCCAGAAGAAGCUCCUGUAGUUUAUAUUGUUCUCACACACAGAUGGAAGAAAUCUCUUAGGAAGCCAAAUCUUUCAAAAACAAAUGGAGCAGAGAGGAGCAGAGAGGAGCAGAGAGGAGCAGACAGGAGCAGAGAGGAGC